AUGGAAGCAGGAAACUUCACUAGAGUAACUGAGUUUGUUUUCUUGGGACUCUCAGAGACUCCAGAGCUACAGGACUUUCUGUUUCUGGUAUUCCUGAUCAUCUACAUAACAACUAUUUUGGGCAACCUCCUCAUUAUGGUUAUUGUGACUUUUGACAGCCGGCUCCAUACUCCCAUGUAUUUCCUUCUCCGUAACUUGGCUGUUGUAGAUGUCUGUUUUUCAUCUGUCACUACACCCAAGAUGCUGAUUGACUUCCUGUCUGAAUCCAAGACCAUUUCCUACCAGGGCUGUAUGACACAGAUCUUUUUCUUCCAUUUCCUAGGGGGUGCCACAGUCUUCUUCCUUUCAGUGAUGGCAUUUGAUCGCUAUAUUGCUAUCUCCCGGCCCCUCCAUUAUGUCACCAUCAUGAACUCUCAGAUGUGUUUGGGGCUUGUGGUGGCUGCCUGGGCAGGAGGCUUUGUCCACUCUAUUGUCCAGCUUGCUCUUCUGCUCCCCUUGCCUUUCUGUGGCCCCAAAGUCCUGGAUAACUUUUAUUGUGAUGUCCCCCAAGUUCUAAGACUUGCCUGUACAGACACCUCUUUCCUGGAACUCCUCAUGAUUACCAACAGUGGGCUAUUGGAUCUCAUCUGGUUCCUCAUCCUUCUGGCUUCCUACACAGUCAUCUUGGUGAUGCUGAGAUCUCUGUCAGGGGAGGGGAGACGAAAGGCCUCCCUCACCUGUACCACCCACAUCAUUGUUGUAUCUCUGAUUUUUGUGCCCUGCAUCUACAUCUAUGCCCGGCCUUUCAUCUCUUUCCCCAUAGACAAGGCUGUCUCUAUCAGCUACACAGUCAUCACUCCCAUGCUCAACCCCAUGAUUUAUACCCUGAGGAAUCAGGAGAUGAGAUCUGCCAUUAAGAGGUUAGGGAGGCAUCCAGUGACUUGUAGAAUGAGUGAAAUUCAUGCUAGUUGA